ACGCAGCUCUUCGGUUCCACGAGCGACAUCUACUGGAGCCGCAGGCAGCCGCAUUCCUAAAGCGCCGCUAACAGCAGCACCGCCCAACAGCCCGUCUGCGGGCGCACGCGGGCUAGCGACGCACGGUGCCGGUGCAUUAGAAGCCAGCUUAUUCACUGCGCAACACGCAGCGGCACGCGUCCACGACGCAGCAGCAGCAAGCGGCAGCAACGCCAGCGGCGGCCCUCCGGCUGACUGCUGCUCCCUGGUCACCGGCGACGAGGCCUCAGGUCCGCCGCCCGGCACCUCGGCGCAGGGGCCCGACACCUCGGCGCUGGCUACGCUUCGGCAGCAGCCCGCCCCCAUGGGGUUUCAGCCCGUCGUCAUCCACGGCACUCCAGGAGUGCCCUUCCGCGAAUCGCCGCGGCCGGCCACCCUGUCGCUGGAGGACUACCUGGCGCGCUCCUCCAGCACCUUCCGCGCCAAGCACGCCGACCUGCGCCGCACCCUGAACGCGGAGCUCAGUGAGCUGCUGGGCACGUAUGAGGUGUGGCACGAGGGCCUGCGGCAGCGAGUCGCACAGGAGACAGGCAAGGCACUACCACCUGAGGCGGUCUGCGCCACCGGCACCGGCGCCGGAGGCUCACGGUCCAUCACGCCGGAGGUCCUCGGCGACACGGCCAGCCCGUACAUCGCCAACAACCCGCCGGUGGGCACGGACGGCCAGAUCCUCAGCACGUACCGCGCCAUCACCGAGAUCCCUACGGCCGAGUGGGCCAGGCUGGUAGCCAGGCAGCCGCAGCUGCAGAGCUACUUCGCCGAGAAGCACAAGAUGUUCUACUGCUCGGCAGGCGACUUCGCCAUUGAAAACAAGAACGGCGCGCAGCAAGGAGCCGGAGGGGCGGGCAGCAGCCGCGGGCAAGCGCAAAGCGCUCCCGCUGGCCCUCCGCCACCCAUUGUGCUGCGCGACCACAGCGCCAGUGUCAACCUGGUCACUCAGAGCUUCGCGUCCAUGCACAACCUGCCGGUGCGCCCCACUGGGGCAACGCUGUCCACGGCAGCGUCCGCUGGCGCGUCACCGCUUCAGGAGCUUGCGCACAAGCAGCUGGUGCUCCGCAUCAAGCCCGGCUCGCAGUACGAAGUGCGCAUCCCCAUGUCCAAGACGCUGGUGGUGAGCGACACGUACCUGUUCGACAUGCUCAUCGGCAACGAGCAGAUGCAGCCGGUCGCCAGCUACGUCACCGUGUUCCCUCGCCCCGUGAUGCACCUGCACCCCAACCUGCUGGAAUUCCCCUCCUUCGUCCUGAGCCUGCCGCUGCGCAACGCCCACGGCGUGCGCGCAGCGCUUGCGGCGCAUGAGCACUACGCUGCCUGCGUCACCAGCUUCGGCGGCGACCCAUCACCAAAGCUGGGGGGGGGAUGUUCAACGGCCAGCGAGUGCUCAGCGUCCGGCGAGAGCUCAACCGACCACGCUCAGCCCGCCACGGCGACGCCCUGCUGCACCGCAGACAGCUGCAAGCAGCACAACGGCAGCGCCCCGGCUGAGCCCACCAACGGCGAGGCCAGCCAAGGUGACGGCAGCGGCACAAUGGCAACCGAGACCAACAGCGGCAACGGCACGCCGCCCCCUGAUAAGCCCAAGCGCGGGUGGCUGUCAGCCGGGCUGUCCGUCAUCGGCGGAUGGUUUGGCAAAGGAGGAGACCGCAUCGCCAGCUCACUGGACCGCACUGAGCCCGUCUGCGCCACGGCGGAGCCUCCCAAGCGCACGGGCAAGCGCAAGAAGUACCGCGGUCCGCGCACUGAGGUGCAGGUGGGCACCAAGCGCAGCUGGUACGGCGUCACCGUCUUCCUGCUGUACGCCAUCGCCCUCAUCUCUCUCGCGGCACGCGUCGGAGCUGUGGGCGGCGCCGCAGGCGGCGUGCCCGCACUCCAGGCCCUGCAGCAGGUCGAGGCCGUGACCAACGCGCUGAGCUCCGCGCCGCCGCACCUGCGCGUGCGGUGGGACCUGGCGCAAGACCCAUUGGACCUCCAACAGCAGUACGGCGCUGGCCCACCAGGCCUUUCGCACGUGCUGGCCAGCGUGGAGUCAUUCACCUUCGACGGCAAGAUGGCCGCAGCCGCAUCAGAGCGCUAUGAGAAGGACAAGGAGGGCGGCUGGGUAUGGGGCAACGCAGUAGCCAUGACAUCAGACCAGGCCGCGUUGCUGAAAGCCCAAGUCCGCGCACGACGCUCAACAGCUUUUGCGUACAGCAUGGAGGAGCUACCCGGCUACUGUGGCGGCGGAGGACCGUUUCGGCUUGAGCUAACAACCGACAAGCCCGUCAUCCAAUCGCCACGCCGCUACAGCCCGAAGGAGAACGAAAUCAUCCAGCAGAAAACAAAUGAGCUGCUCAAGCCCGGCAUCUGCAUAGAGUGGACGGGCCCAACGCAAGUGGCAGUCAAUCCCGUCAUAGCCGCCAAACGUGACGAGGCCACCGGCCUCUGGACUGCCGCGCGCAUGGCCCAGGAUUACCGCCCGGUCAACAAAGUCACCAAAGGUGACAAGUAUGGGCUGCAUCGGCCUGAGGAUAUUUUCCAGCGUGUGGGCAAAGCCCGCUACUUCAGCAAGCUGGAUAUGAGGCAGGGCUUCCUGCAGAUCCCGAUUCAUCCUGACGAUUACGGCAAGACCGCCUUCUGGUGUGGCAACCGGCUCAUUGCCUACACGCGCAUGCCGUACGGUCUCAAGAACGCCUCCGCCACCUUCCAGCGCCGCAUGGACUAUGAAUUGCGCGCCGCUGGCUUGGAUCACCUGGCUGUGGCCUUCAUCGACGACGUGCUGAUCGCUACUGAAACUGCUGAGGAGCACAUCGAGGCUGUGGGAAAAGUGCUUGAUGCGUUGGCGGCGUGUGGCCUGCGUGCCCACCCCGACAAAUCCAUCUUCGGCGCCGACGUCGUGGAAUACCUCGGCCACAACCUCUCCACCUUCGGCAUCUCACCACACCAGGCUAAGGUGGCGGCCAUUCAGGCGCUGCAACCGCCCAAGAACGUCUCCGAGCUCCGCACACAGCUUGGAUUCAUCAACUACUACCGGUGCUACAUACCCCGCAUGAGUGAGAUCGCCGCACCGCUCAACGCGCUGCUCAAGAACGGCGUCACCUGGCGGUGGGGGGUGGAGCAGGAGGAUGCGCACCGCGCCCUGAAAGAGAUGUUCAUGAGACCGAACGUCGUCCUGCGGCGCAUUGAUUAUACUCGACAACUGAUUGUCCACACCGACUUUAGCAACAAGGGCAUCGCCGCCGUGCUGGGCCAGCUUGAUGGGGACGGACGCGAAUAUAUGUGCGCCUGCAUCUCACGCUCGCUCAACAAGCACGAGUCGAACUACAGUUCGUACAAGGGCGAAAUGCUGGCUGCCGUGUGGGCUCUCAAGGUGUUCCGGCAUCACCUCAUCGGCUCCGACACGCCCUUCAAGCUGGUCACCGACCACCAACCGCUCACGUACCUAAUGAGCUCAGAAGGCCUAACGGGCCAGUACGCACGCUUUGCACUGGUACUUCAAGAAUACAACUUCGUGGUCGAGCAUCGCCCUGGUGUAACACACCAGAACGCCGACGGCCUCUCCCGCAAUCCGCUACCAACUACAGUUGACGGCUCAGGCGCGCGCCUGGACGAGGACGACCCUCCUGCGGACAGCUUCGGCAGCAGCGCGCCGCCAACAGCGGCAGCCGUGUCUGCCAGCCUCUCAGAGCACGAGGUGCUGCAUGUGGCGCUCAACACCUCUGUUCCCGUAGCCCCCUUCGCGUCUGACUUCAUCCCCAGCGCCGACGAAUCGCUGGCGGGUUGGAACGGCUGGGCAUACGAGGCAUCGUCACCGCCACCAGAUGCAGCAGACCGCGAGGGCAAAGCGGCACGCAUGCUGCUGCGCAGUGCGGCCCUGGAGUGGCGAGCUGCCUUCAAGCUGCGCCAGCGCGGCGCCACCGCCGCACCACCGUCACCGCCAACGCCAGCCCCAGCCACGCUCACGGCAGCGGCCUGGUAUGAUGAGGCGCUGCGCAAGGGCCUGGUGCUCUGGGAAGCAACGGGAGGCCUUGGGAGUGGACUGGAUGCCUGCCUACUCAAUGGAAUCCCCAUCAGGCGCUACGUCUACUCCGACCCGUCAGCGGCGGGCCGAGCGGCCCUCAAUCGCCGCCUCUCCGCCAUCACCGACCUGCGGCCUGAUCUCUUCCCCGCCACGGCAUGGAGUGCGAGCCUCACAACGCUCCCACCAGAACUCAGCAGUGUCAAAGACACGCAGCUGAGGGAGCUAGCAAGCUCCGGCCUCCCCGUUCUCAUCAUCGCACACUGGCAAGCAGGUGACACCGUCACCCAGGCCUCUGUGCUCAAGACUCUGCGCGCUGCGCGCAGAUUGCUGGGCGAACAACGCGUCAUGUUCGUCAGCAGCUCCACCUUCAACGCCAAUGAGACGCCCCCACCCGAGCAACGCGACGCCGACGCGGCCAUGCGCGAGGCAUGGGGAGCGCCCCUGGUGUCAGAUUCGGCACGUUUUGGUUCGGGCUUCCAUCAGCUCAACCGCACCUGGACAUCGCUCGCGGACUCGGCUGACCUGCGUGGCCUCGCCGACGUGGCUCACCGCCCAGCUGGUGCCGACGUGCAAUCGUUUCUGGGGCACGGGCGCACCGUGCCCAACGCAGUCAAGCAACUGCGUGCCCCCUUUUACCCUUGUGACCUGGAAGGCAAGCCGGUCAAGGCGCUCAUGCCGGCCACGAUCCCAGCUACCGUGGCCGCCGACCAGCCUACCGCCGCCUGCCCCAUCAAGGACGCCUUCCAAAGGCGUCACACGCCGCCUACGGCCGACGAGUGCGAGAAGCUCCUCGGCUUUGACGGUCAGGCAUCGGCUGCCCCAGACCUCGACGAGGGCCAGCGCAAAGCGCUGUUGGCAACCGCACCGGACGUCUCCUAUCUCGCCAGCAUCAUAGCCAUCGGGCGCGUCCUUGCCGAGGACGCGGGCCCUGCCACCACGGCUGGGGCAAGUGCCCUGGUCCUGCACGCCACAAGCACCCGUGGCCUGGCGUCAUCAAUGUCCCAGUCGCCGACAGUGGCAGACGACACCAUUGUCUUCGCUCUCGCCUCUGCAGCCCUGGAGCCCGAAGACACGCCUGCCAAUGCUACGCUCAAGGAUCCCUGGGCUGAUGACGCGCUGAUUGCUGCGCUGCGCGGCGGCGGAGAAGAGCAACCCCCCAGGUCCGACAACGAACAGCGCCGCGUCCGGAGUCGUGCAUCACGCUACCGCUGGCAAGGUGAUCAGCUAUUCAUCGUGCUUCUUGACGGCAAGCUCCGUCAAGUCCCAAGACCAGCGGAGCGGGGUGAGCUUGUGCGGCGCACUCAUGAGCAAGCUGGGCACUUCGGUGUGCGUCGUACCACAGCUCUGCUGCUUCACUCCUACUGGUGGCCCGGCAUCAGCGACGACGUGCGCAGCGCGGUCAAGCACUGCGAAGCGUGCGAUCGUGCCAAGGCCAGCUACAACGGUCAGCAACAGGAGCUGCGCCCCCUUCCCAUCGGCGGUCUGUUCUACCGCUGGGGCGUCGACCUGUGUGGCCCUUUCAACGAAACCAAGCAUGGAAACAAGUAUGUUAUGGUCUGCGUCGAGCACUUCAGCAAAUUCGUGCUCUUUCUACCAAUUCCAUCCAAGCAUGCACACGAUACCGCCUUCGCAUUCCAGCACCACGUGCUAGGCGUGUACGGCGCGUGCGCCGAGGUGUGUACCGACCAAGGCAGCGAGUGGAAGGGCGAGUUUGCAACCAUGCUGCUCAACGCCCUCAUCGACCACCGCCAGACUUCGGCCAACCAUCCCCAGGCCAACGGCCUGAGUGAGCGCGCCGUGCAAACCUGCAAGAAGGCGCUCAUCAAGCUGGCGCUGGGAGCUGGCUCAGUCAACGACUGGGACCAGCACCUGCCAUCAAUCACGCUGGGCUACAACUGCUCAGUCCAGAAUUCCACCAAGCUCUGCCCCUACACCAUCAUCUUCGCCACCGAUCCAGUGAUUCCACCGGCGGCAAAGCCGCGGUUUGAAGGCGAGUUGGAUCUGGAUGAUCCCGAGGCGGCUGCUCGCUCCGUCAUGCUGCGCGCCGCAGCACUGCGCAAGAACAUGGUCAUCGCUGGUGGAAACUUGGCGGUGGCUCAGCACCGCGACAAGCUGCACUACGCCAAGAUGCGUGGUGGCGGCUACGACCCCAAGAUUCGCCGCUUCGAAGUGGGUGAUUAUGUGUACUACCGCAACACGUCUGAGCGUACCGCGCUCGACGCUCAGGCACGCCCUGACAUCCUGCGAGUAACUGAGCUGCGUCCUUCUGGUGUGGUCAUCCUGGAGGGCCGCUGCGGUACCAAGAUCUCCACCCACGUCACGCACGUGGCUCCGUGUCACCUGCCCAUAGCCGACGGCGCCAUCGACCCGCGCCUGGCGCGUCCCUCUGUCACCCUCGCCUGCGAAGUCUGCAAAAUGCCUGACAACGAGGAGUGGAUGCUGCUGUGCGACGCCUGCGGCAGCGGUUGGCACACGUUCUGUCUUACCCCUCCUCUCGAGGGCAUCCCCGAAGGCACGUGGGUCUGCCCGGCCUGCACAAAGAAGGGCGUCACUCCUGACAGCAUGCGUCAAGCCCAAGGUGAGCGGCAGGCUGCGGCCGUGCCGCCGGCUAAGUUCCGGCAGCUUCAGGGUGCGCUGGCCAUGCGGGAGGCCAAGGGCAAGCGGGCGCGGAGUGCCACCAACACCGGCGUCGUCAGUUAUGCGGGCCAGCGGCGCCGUGUACACUAUUUUCUGAUCGAAUAUCCCGACGGCUCCUCUGAGAGCGUCACGCACACUCAGCUGCGCCCCCGUCUGGUCAGCAAGCAGCAGGCUGCUGCCGCCGUUACCCACGCUCAGGCCGCGCCAAAGGCGCCGGCUGACGAGCAUGUGCCCAUGGGCAUGGUCAUCCCUGUUUCUACACCGUCAGAGUUGGAGGCGCUUGCGGAGCUAGUCAACUUCUCCAGUAUCUCGUCUAUCUACGCUCCACUCAAUGUGCCUGACGCCACAGCCUCCUGGCUCCGCGCGCACGGCUGCACCUUGCGUCGCAGUCGCGCCACUGGCGGCAAAGCCGCCGUCUCUACUGAUACUCUUCAGCGCGCGCGUCAGGACGGCAUCGGCAUGAACAUCAUUUGGCUGGAGGCCGGACCCUCUGCCGUUGAGUCUUCAAUGGAGGUCGCGCGUGAUCACGCCACUGAUGCCGUGAUCGCGCGGGUACCCCGCGACUACGUCGGAUGCGCCAGCAAGGCCCGUCUCAGGUGGCUGCGCACCAAACACGCCAACGGCGAGUUGCUGACUGCUACUUGUGCCACCUGCAUCUGGUUUGUUUUGCUCACCAAGAAGGUGAAGCGAUGGGGCUUCGUAUCCGCCAUGAACGUGGGCGAGCCCGUGUUCUAGUCAUGAAGUCGUGCCGCUGGCACCCAAGAGGAGUUGAGGGAGGGAACAUCAACGCCGACACACCCUGAGGCUAGCGUGCCUUUCGGCAUUGCGCUGUUACCUGUGCGUUCGCGAUGCUUAGCGCUCGUCUGCUGUGGUUGGACCUCAGAUGAUCACAGGAUGUCGGGAACAACGUGAUGUUCACCUGUCGUGAGCGCAGCCCCCUGAUGCAGCGCCUGCCACGGGCAGUACCGCUGGCAUACACGGUGCUGCGCUUCGCCGCUCAAUAGCUGCAUAAACAUUGCGCAUUUGUCUGAUGUUUCUAGGCACAGGCUAAGC